AAAAGUUGUAAGGAUCAUUAUUCAGAGUAGUUAUAGUAGUAAUUUUGUACUGUACCUAGUGGAUAUAGUAUCGUGGCCAAGAAUAAUGCAAGUCCAAAAUAUUCGAGGCACCGACGCGAAAACGGCUGCCACGACAUUCUCCGCCCAACGGCAAUCUCGGAUCUUUGGCAGUUUGCAGUUUGGCACUUCUUGGACGCCAUGCGGACGUUCUUGCUGGUGCUGAAUGCGGUGGCCUCCCACGUGGCCCAAGGUGGCGGCAGUACAGGAUGUGCCCAUGACUUCAGUCAAUGCGGCGGCGUGAAAUGGCCCUACUUGCCCUGCUGCGCCAGCGAAGCGUUCGAGUGUUCGUACGUCAACGACGAGCUGUCGCUGUGCCUCCAAACCCCUGUCCGAAGCAAUCAUACGUCGUCCGACGGAACGGAUGGUGGCUCAAGACAGCGCCGCCAACUGCGCAGCGGUGACAUUAUGUCGUCCGCUGCUGGCGCAUCAGGUGAUCCCGCCCCGUACUUGGGCCAAUGUGGGGGCCUUGGCUAUUCUGGCUCGACGAUCUGCACCCAUGGCCUCUUCUGCCACGUCGAAAGCCCCUACUAUUCGUCUUGCCUCUUCAACCCCACCGAUGACACUCAUGUAGCGGUGUGGAGAAAAUGUGGCGGCGCCAACUGGAGUGGCCAAACGCGAUGCCAAGAAGGGUCGACCUGCCAGGUGCAAACUAUGUGGUACUCGCAGUGCGUGCCCCUUUAGUACAAGUUGGCGACUAUACCUAGUACACACACACAAACAAUCGAUAUAUUCGAGAUUGGCAUUUUCGGU